GCCCAGCCAGUCACUCCAGCAACCAAAAGGGGCCUUGUUUUAGGUACCUUUGAACGUAAUCUGCUUAAUUCUUUCUUUCUUAAGCCAUUUGAUCUCCGUGACAAGCUGGGGAAAGAGAAUUGAGGUCCCCCCGCUGCUAGAAAAGGAGCAGAAAAGAAGUUGGAGAUCAACUGGCUCAUUUCUGCUGAUUCAGAGACGGAGAAGACUGCACAUAUCAUGGCCUCAUCCUCACCUACCGUGGAUGAGAGAAGAGAUGGAUUCUGUGACCAAUGUAAUAAAUAUUUGAAAGAUCCAGUGCCUGUGGAAUGUGGUCACAAUUUCUGUCGGCCUUGCAUCGCUGAACAUUAUCGAGAAUGGAAAAGAGAUGAUGCGCCCUUCGUGUGUCCUAUUUGCGAAGAGCCAAUCCCGGAAGGAAAACUCCGGCGAGACCUGCAGCAGGCCGGCGUGGGAGAAAAACACAGGCCAUUUCCAGAAAAGUCCUAUGUAUGUCCAAAACACAAGGCGACGCUAGAUCUGUUUUGUCAGGACGAUGAGAAGCUGAUAUGUGCCAUUUGUCAGAAGGCCUCAGAACAUAAAUCUCAUACUGUAAUUUCUCCUAAGCGAGCUGCCCAACCAUUAAAGGAUCAGUUACGGAGCCGGAUUGUAAUUCUGGAGGAAAAGAAAGAUAUAAUGGAGAGUCAUCCAUCAGAUGCAGAAAAGGAAAUUGCCGAGCUGCUUGCACAAAUGGAAAUGGAGAGAGAGAAGUUAGACGAUGUGUUCAAACAAUUACAUGAGUUUCUGCAUAAACAGGAAAAACAACUGCAGAACAGAAUGAAAAUGGUGGAGAAGGAGGUCCUAAAAACCAAGGUGGAUUACAUGGAAGGGCUGUCAAAGGAACGCUCCAUGCUUAAAAAUAUCAUUCGGGAGAUGCAGGAGAUGUGUGAGCAGCCAGCUGUGGAAUUCUUACUGGAUUUUAAAAGCAGCAUGCAGAAGUAUGACAAAGCACUUGAAAACCCAGUUGCUUUUCCUCUUGAUCUGAAAUGGAGGUCCUGGGAUUUCUGUGAUAUCAAUCCUUUUCUGGAGAAUGCUGGAAAGAUAUUCAAUGAGUCUCUGAUAGCUGGAAUUCAGCUGCAAAAAGCACAUGUAUUUCUGGAUCCAGAUACAGCUCAUCCCCGUCUCAUUCUGUCUGAUGACUGUAAAAGUCUGAAAAUGGGUGAAUUUUAUCAAAAUCUAUCCAAAACCACAGAAAGAUUUGAUGAAUGGCCUUUUGUGCUGGCCUGUGCAGGAUUCACUACAGGCAGACAUUUCUGGGAAGUCACCGUGGGGACAGAGGAUACCUGGGGUGUCGGAGUUGCCCGAAAGUCUGUGAGGAGAAAAGGAGAUAUUGAAUUUAGUCCUGAAGAAGGGUUCUGGGCUGUAGGGAAGUGGGAUGGCAACUACACAGCUUACAACCCCCCAUUUUAUUCUCCCUUGACCUUGCGUAGGAUGCCCAAGAAGAUCAGAGUGAUUCUGAACUAUGAAGGGGGAUGGGUGACUUUUUUUGAUGCUGAUACUGGAGCUCCUCUCUUUGCAUUUUCUACACCCCCCUUCGAUGGAGAGACGAUCCUUCCCUUAUUUUAUGUGUUUGGAAAAGCUCACCUUUCCAUCUCUCUCUAAGGCUAUUAUCUCUGCUUCUCAGCCUUGUCGGUAUUAUUUACCAAGACCGGAAUCCAAAUCAAUAAGAACAAUAAACAAAUAGUGAUUUAAGAUGGUCUUCCUCCAGUCUAGGUCCCUCCAGGUAGCUUCCAGGUUUUCCAAGUCAGUAUGAUCCUGGAUGGGAUCUUCUAGAAGUUGCAGUCCCAGCAUGUAUGAAGAGUCUUUGACAGUUCUUCCAAGGCCUCAUAGACUUUUAGACAGAUUAAUAGCUAACUGAUGCAGAGUUCAUCUUCAUUUCUUUAAAAAGCAAUAACAUUACUGAUCAAAGGUGACAUUUCCUCUCAGCAAAGAAAUAGGAAGAGCUUCUCACUGUGAUGAGAGUGUCAUUAUCUCUUGACUGAUCUUCCUUUCAGCUUUAAAACUGCCAAAUUUGAUAGGAAUGGAUCUUUUUUGUAAGGAAUUGUAUAGCAAUUCCCUCUCCUCAGCUUCAUGGGUAGAAUAAUGGCUGAGGGUUGUUUGGAUUGUCUGGGUCAUGCCAUCUGUACCAACAGGGCACCAUGACUUCCCUUUCCACAUUGCCAUCAGUUUAGAAUUUAACACAGUGGUGGGUAUGUCCAUCAUGGUUCAUCAUCAACCUCAACAAGGCUUCUGGUUCUCUCAAACAUCUUGGGGACUUAGUGUAGCUUGCAUUGUCCAUCCCUCCUGUCAUGUUUUUGAAAGCAGCUGCUGACAUAAAGAAUCUUUACUAUUGAUCUUGUGUGAUAGGGGUACACUUGUGGAACUACGAAAGCAUAUAUGUGUGUAUGUAAUUAUAUGGGCCAUUGGUCAGCAGAGACACUCUCAAAUGCUUUCAUCAAAUAUAGCUUUCCCUAAUCCAGUUGCCCUCCAUACAUGCAGAUGACAUUUCCCAGAAUUCUCAGGGUCAUGUUGGCUAGGGAAUUCGGAGAGUUUAAAUCCAUGCAGAAAUAGGUUCCCAACCUUGAGAAGGCUUAUCAAGCGGUUAAGUCAACAGAAGGGGAAAUAUCUUGACUUGGCCAUCAAGAUCAGUCAAAAAGUGCGGGCCUUUGCAUUUAAUCCAAGUUUGAGUUUUCCCUUUUCUCCUUCCCAUGUCUGUAUAUGUGGAAGAUGAGAAUAACUGUUCCUAAAUGGAAACCCCACUGCAUCGUAUACUCAGACCAGUGUAUUCCUUCAACAAGCCUCAAACGAGGCAGGUUUGUUGAAAUUCCACUGAGUAGAUGAGUUGUUGAAGUGGAUUUGUGAUUCCGGUCAGUCAGAUGAAUUUUUUGUAACAAAAAGGAAGGACACUUUCAUUUAGUAGCAUUCUUUAAGAAUCUGUAGCCAUCCCACUUUCCUACCUAUUUUGGAAUUCUGAUUUUAUCAUACUGAAGCUGUUUUGAACUUGAACAAUGUAGCUAAGAAAUGCUUUAGAUAAAUAAAGAGAACUGUAUUUAC